UUUGUGGCACUCAGGCAUAACACAUGUCUUGUGGCCUAUCCUGAGCGCCAUGCUUGGCACAAUGCACCAAAAGCCUCCUUCGCUUCCUGAGGUCAGAAUACGAUCAACCUGCGUGAUGCUGGCUACUACAAGCUUCCUUAGCUUCAAUCAUUUCACCGCUUGCCAUAUUCUGUUCCCGGAGAGGUAUAUAGCUACAAGCAACACCUUCGAAUGUACGGGGGUAUAUCCAUCCUCGCACAACUUCCAUACAGACUCCGAAUUGUUGCCGGCAAAGUGUGUCUUAACAGAAACUGUACAACAUGAGUGCAAAAGAGCCUGUCGAGAAGCUUCCGCUUGCUGUCAGAAAAAACGUCCGUGACGAAUUCGAAGCAGAUCGAGAGGAUCUUGAAUCUCAGAUUAGCAAGUUGCUGGGAGGGCAGCAGUGGAAAAUCGAGGUUAACCCUAACCUCAUUUAUGCAUAUGCAGAAGAGGGGAGCUACGGUCACCAAAGCCUGGGUGAUUGCAUGAAAGCGUACAUUGACGGUGCAAUCUAUCGUUUGAAGUACUUCCUCGAAUCACAAGAUCAUGGGGAAGAAGGGGUGGCAGAAAUCAACAAAUUGGCUUCCACACACACAAUCACGAUCUAUCCGGACUUGGAAAAAAAGAACUCGUAUUGUGGAGUCGACAUCAAGGGCGGUGUUCUUCGUAUCCUGUUCCGCGAAGGGAAUCUUGGUACCAACGUUGACAAUGCUCUUGAACAUCUCGAAAAUGCCUUGAAUGAAGCCGCACCAGCCGACUCUUCCGAACUAAGCUAUACCGCUCGCAACAGCAUCAAACGGGACUGGGACAAAGACGCUGAGACGCUGCGAAAGGAUAUUGCAGAGCAGGUCCACAACGAUAACAUCAAGCUGAAUCCCAACUUCGCGGCUGUUGUCGAGAAACUCAAGACUGGAAAGGACGUGCGCGACGACUGGGCAGCGAACUUGGGCGCCUUCACCAAAAAGUACUUCGAGUCGGUUGCCUAUUAUCUGAAGUGCAACAAGUUCAAGGAGGAUGACUUGAUGUAUGAGGGCUUCAAUGAAGUCGUCACUGGAAACGAGAUCAUCUUCCGCGUUGUCGAUAAGGUCACCGGGCCUUCGUCAUACAAUCAAUGUUUGGUUGAAGAUGGAAAGUUAGUGCUACAAACCACGCCGAGCAACUUUGGCACGAAUGUGGACUACAUUGCCGAGAAGAUUGUUGAUGUCUUGUAGAUAUUCUCCUUCUCAGAGGCGUGGAAUAGAC